AUGGACACUCUCAUCACCAUCUUUCUUUCCCUCGCCACCAUCUUCAUAUCCAUCUACUACUUCAUCCAGAAGCCAUCGCCCGCCACCUCCACGGCCCCCGAACCGCCGUCGCCGGCCGGCCGUCUUCCCAUCAUCGGCCACCUCCACCUCCUCUUCCUCACCGGAGAACUCCCACACCACCAACUCGCCCGACUCGCCGCGGGACUCGGCUCGCCAGUAAUCAAGCUCCAACUCGGCCGAGUCCCCACCGUGGUCGUCUCCUCGGCUCAACUCGCCCGCUACGUCCUCAGGGUGAACGACGGCGUUUUCGCCAACCGGCCCCAGCUCGUGGCGGCGCAGUACCUGUCGUUCGGCUGCUCAGACGUCACGUUCUCGCCGUACGGGCCCUACUGGCGCCAAGUCAGGAAGAUUUGCGUCACCGAGUUGCUCAGCCCCCGCCGAGUCCACUCCUCCCAGCAGGUCAAACCCCCCUACACUACUAUAUUACAGGUGAGGAAGGAAGAAGUGGACAGGAUGGUGGCCGGCGUGGCGGCGAGCUCCGGCAAGGAAACCGACGUGAGCAGCCUGCUAUUCGGACUAGCCAACGACGUUCUAUGCAGGGUGGCGUUCGGCAGAAGGUUCGUUUCGGGCGGCGGGGAAGGGAAGAAGAAGAAGGAGCUGGUGGGUGUGUUGACGGAGACGCAGGAGCUGCUGGCCGGGUUUUGCUUGGACGAUUUCUUCCCGGGGUGGGAAACCGUCACGAGUUGGAUCACCGGGUACCAAAAGAGACUGACCAGAAAUCUGGAGGACCUGAAGGAAGUUUGUGACGAGAUCAUAGGCGAGCAUUUAAUGAAGAGGAAGGAUUGUGGUGAUGACCAAGAAGAAGAAGAGGAGGAUUUUGUUGAUGUUCUGCUCAAGGUUCAGAGAAGGGAGGAUCUCGAUGUCCCUGUUACUGAUGACAAUCUCAAAGCUCUGGUCCUGGACAUGUUUGUAGCCGGAACAGACACAUCCUCUGCAACGCUAGAAUGGACAAUGACAGAGCUAGCAAGGCAUCCAACGAUCCUCGCCGAAGCUACACAAGAGAUCAGAAGCGUUGUAGGAAAGAAGAGCCGAGUCGAUGAGAGCCAUCUGCAGCACUUGACCUACAUGAAAUCCGUGAUCAAAGAGGCAAUGCGACUGCACCCUCCCGUCCCUCUUCUCGUCCCUCGAGAAUCCAUGGAGGACUGUGUUAUGGAUGGGUACAUGAUACCGGCCAGGACACGAGUUCUCAUCAAUAGCUACGCGAUCAGCAGGGAUCCAACGCUGUGGAAGGACCCGCUCGAGUUCAACCCCGAAAGGUUUUUGGAGAGUGGGAUCGAUUUCCAUGAUCAGGAGUUUAGGUUCUUGCCAUUUGGUGGAGGGAGGAGAGGGUGCCCGGGGUUCCAUUUCGGGCUGGCUACCGUCGAGAUUGCGCUGGCAAGGCUGCUGUACCACUUUGAUUGGGCGCUCCCCGAUGGCCUCAGGGGCGAGGACGUGGAUCUAGGGGAGAUUUUCGGGCUUGCUACAAGGAAGAAGACUAAGCUCAUUCUCGUACCAAUGUCCAAGGAGGGAUACGAGUUCAGGGGAAAAAGCAAUACUUAG